GCGAGAGGGAGAGGAGAGCGAGUCGCAUCGGAUCUUUUUUUUUGACGACUGGCUUUCCUCUUCAUCUUGGCCAUCUUGUUUGUAUCCUCUCAGCCGUGCGGCCGUCCGAGUCCCACGUCUGUUCCCGGCAGCUCCUCUGUUCGCCUCCCAGCGCAUCCCCGGCCGCAACCCAAUAGCGAUUUCGUGCAGAUACUUCCCAGCGCGCGAUGGGUAAUGCCUGCUGUCCGGCCGGCGGCGGCCAGGAAAAGUCGUCCAACAAGGUCGCCGAGGCAUCGAUCGAUGCCCAGCUAAAGCUUUCCGAGAUGGAGGCCAAACUCAAGUUCAAGAUUUUGCUGCUAGUACUCAAGCAUAUCAAAACCAUCAACAAGAUCGCCAUGUCCAAGUCUGAGAUUGCCGAUAUCGUAGCGAGUCUCCGUCGGAACUCGAUCCAGUGCAUGAAAAUCCUCAUUGAAGAAGCAGAAAAGUUUGGCUUCAAUAUCGGCGAGGCCGACAAGGCAAAAUCCGACGCCCUCGCUGCCAUGGAGGAGGACGGAGAGUCAGAUCAAAUCGACACGGUAGCCGAUGCCAUCUCGGUGCUGUGGAAGAACGACGCCAUCCAGAAGACUUGGGAGAAGAAAGACGAGUUUUGGAUUCUGGAUUCAGCAGAUUUCUACUUCUCCAACAUCGAGCGCUUCUGCCAGGAUGACUUUGAGCCUACCGAAGAAGACUCUGUUAUGGCGAGAACGAUGACGACGGGCAUCAUCACAACCGAAAUCAAGAUAGCCCCGCUGACUUUCUCACUCAUCGACGUUGGUGGCCAGCGAAACGAGCGAAGAAAGUGGAUUCACACGAUGGACGACUGCAACAUGAUAUUGUACAUUGUCAACCUCUCUGGAUACAACAGCGUGCUGUUUGAGGAUCAGACCCAAAACCGGAUGAAGGAGUGCCUGACGCUGUUCAAGCAAACAGUCAACAACCCUCUGUUCUCGAGCAUGCCAAUAUUCCUCCUCUUCAACAAAAAGGAUCUCUUUGAGAGCAAGAUUCGGAAAACCCCGAUUACCGUCUGCGAGUGCUUCUCGGAUUACAGUGGAUCGGGCGAACUUAUGGACUGCAUAGCAUUCAUCGAGAAACGCUUCAAAGAGCAAAUUCUCUCUGGAUCACCCGACCGCCUCAAAGUCUUCAACAUUGCGGCGCGAUUCAAAAAGGACGUCAAGGUGGUGUGGGACGAGCUUAUCGUGUACCUGAAGACCAACAACAAGUCUACGAUCGACUCGGCACUGAAGUAUAUGGAGCAGAAGGGCAUUAUCCAGAAGUAG